AUAAAAUAGGAAGGGGCGGGGCAGGAGAAGGGCAGCGCUCCCUCCUCCUCCUGUCCUCGCCGCUCCCCCCGGGGACGAGCUGGGACGAGCCCUCCGGGGCGCAGCCACAAGCAGGCCUUGCAAUCUGGGAUUUCGCCCCACUCUCUUCUUCGCGCCCUCGGAAUAAGACUCCCUUUUCAAUCACUAACACUAUAACUCUUUGGGGGAGAAUUGGCUGGCGAAGGGGAGGAGCCCGGCGCUUCCUUUACGUGCUGACGCCAGACGCAAGCGGGGAGUGAGCGGGACGCCUCCUCCAAGGGGCAGCGCCAGGCGGGAGCUGAAGGCGCCUUUGGAGAGAGGAUCUGUUGCCGGAUGCGCCUGCAGGAGGCAGGAUUGCAGCGCCUGAGGUCAUCCGUAACGGAGGAGGGGACUGGGGAUCUCUGGAGACUACGCUGCAGGGCUGGGAAAAGCCGCCCUCUCCUUGCAGCCCCGCCAGGCUCUGGAAAGUGGCUCCUCCUCCUCUCUGCCAGCCUAGGCAGCCUUCACUUGCUUCAUCUCCUUUUGCAGCAGCACCAAGGAAGGCAGAUAUGAUCAUUCCCCCGGGAUCAGCUGUUGUCUCUGAUUGGCACAAGACCCAAGAGGGCAAGGAAUACUUUGACACACUUUUGCAUCGCAACAAGCGCAGACUCUUUGGGUUGAUCGAGAGGCCGGGGCUGCCCCUGCAUUUGACUGCUGAUGUUGCAGGCUACAAGGUCUUUGUGUCAGGGAAGAGUGGCGUGGGCAAGACAGCCCUCGUGGCUAAAUUGGCUGGUCUGGAGGUGCCGCUGGUCCACCAUGAGACGACAGGGAUACAGACAACAACUGUGUACUGGCCGGCAAAGCUAAGAGAGAGCGGCAAAGCCCUCUUCUUCAAAUUUAGCUUCUGGGACUGUGGUGAAGCCGUCCUCAAGAAGUUUGAUCACAUCCUACCAGCUUGCACAGAGAAAGUGGAUGGUUUCCUGCUCCUUUUCUCCUUCACGGACCGUGCAUCCUUCGAUGACCUGCCACAUCAAAUCUCUCGUGUAGCUGAUGGAGUCAAGAAUGCCAUCAAAAUGGUAGUUGGCACCAAAUUUGACCAGUUUGCCCACACCGACGUCACAGACCAAGACGUGGCCAUCUUCCGCCACACCUGGGGCUUGCCUGUCUUGCAGGCAAAGAGCGUCAACGCGCCACGGAUGGCCGACGGGCAGACCCUAGACGGCCGUGUUGGCCUCUGGGACAUGGCCCACCUCCUGAACGGGCUGGCAGAGCAUCUCUGGCGGCAGGACCAACUGGUGGCAGGCCUUGCCACUCCAUCAAUGAUUGCCGGGGCCCUGGAAGAGCCGGAUCCCUGAAGAAACUCCUGGCAGUGGCCCUGUGCCACUGGUUUUUUCUCCCUCAGAGGAGCCAUUGGGUGGUGCUCGAGGCCUUUCAGUAAAAGGGCUUCUGCCAAAUCUGAGUCUGGAGGACUGCUAGGCCAAAGCCAGCACUGCCAUGGUGAUCGCGUGAGGGAAGUGCAACGUGGCCGCUUAGAGGAGACAGCAGACCGCUUCGUUCAAAAGGCAACUCUCGAGGCUGGGUGGCCCUCUGAGAGACUCCUCAUCUUCCUGAGGCCCACAACAUCCUUACUGCUAGAGCCAGUGCCCAGUUUUCAUAGAUUAGACUUGGGGGGUAAGCAGGGUCUGUUUCCGCCCUUCCCCACCAGUGAAAAGUGCUGUGUUGGAGUCGGAUUGUGCCCGCAGGGAGUGGAUGCCUGAGCUCCAGCCACCUUCUCUGUAUGGGCACUGCUUUCAUGCUGACAAAUGUUAAUAAAUGCCUUUAAUGUGGA